UAUUUAUAAAAUUAAAUAUAAUUUAUUGAAUUUUAUAAUAACAAUGAAGUACAUAAUCUGUAGUAUUGUAUUGUCAAUAUAUGCCAUCUAUUUGUGCCAAUCGGCCAAAGUAUUGUUGACUCACAGGCCAUACCUAAACAACUCCAACACCCAAAUCAAUUGUACGGCACAAUUGGACCGACGGUCAGAAUGGUUCGCAAGUUUAGAGGUCAAUAAAGACGGACAUAUUUUCUACAAUUAUGACAACAAUACAAAAUCUAAUCCGGUUGUAAAUCAAGUCUACGGUAUUGAUAGACAAGCGGUACAAACGUACGGAUUUGCUCCAGGUGUGUUUGUUAUUAAUAGAUUAAACAAAACCAGCUCCGGUAGAUAUACAUGUAUAGUCAAGUAUAACCGUGGUGCAAAAUCGGCAUACAAUGCUACCGAUAUUGUAGUCAAAAGUACAUAAAUAUAUUUUAAAAAUAAUAUAAUUAAAUAUUGUACUUCAAAAACUAAAUAAAAUUUU